AUGAACCUUGACAGCACCGCCGCGGGAGGUGACGAUGACGUGCUCUUCGGUGACGCCUCCGCUGCCACCGUGCCGCCCUCGUUGCUCACCAGCGCCCCUGUGAUUGAUCUUGCGAUGCAUCCGCUGCUGCCACUGUUUGCUGCGGGGCUUGUGACGGGUGAGGUGGAGGUGCACGAGUACCGCACGACGGAGACCAGACGGCGGCCCAUCACGCAGCAGUACUUUAAAGGUAACCGCUUACAGGAAACAAACCCGUACAAUCUACGUAUGCACCCCGAUGGCUCUAUCUCUGCCAUGGAGUUUACCGAAGAUGGGAAUUAUCUCGUGACGGCAAGCAGUGAUCGCACAAUCAGUGUGCUGGACUGCGUGGCGGAGCAAAUUGUAAUUCACAUAGACGACGGGACUGCAAAGAAGAAGAGGACGACCCUGCCUGGCAACAGAAACAACAUCAGUAAAAAUGCCCCAUCGGCAAAAGUGUCCGAGAAGGCUACUCAGAGGAAGAGUAAGAACCCCCACAAGUUUGGCAUCUCUGCACUAAAUGUGUGUGAUGUGAAUUUGUUGGCCACAGGCGAUGAUGAUGGCUUGAUUGCCAUAUGGGACAUGCGUCAGCAGAAACCGGCCUUUUGCUACCACGAGCAUGGCGACUACGUCUCGCAGAUGAUUUACUUCUCUGAUAUCCAGGAGCUUGUCUCGAGCAGCGGUGAUACGUGUCUCGGGGUGUUUGAUCUGCGUGGGGGCAAAAUCCGUGACUACAGUGAGAAGCGUAAAGAUGAGUUGAGCUGCUUUGCGUUUGUAAACAACACAGGGAACAACACAAGCUCCUUCAUCCCAAGCAUUGUGUGUGGAACCCCGAACGGUGGUCUUCCCGUGUGGAAAUUCGGUUCUUGGAGGCGACCAUAUGACAUCCUCGAGCGGCAUCCAGCGGAGUGUGAGAGCAUCGUCUCCUUCAACAACCCUGAUAGCACGUUUAACCACAACAUCAUCCUCACCGGGGCAUGUGACGGUCUGGUUCGUGUGAUUCAGAUGUACCCUGUGCGCCGCAACCUGUGCCAGCUCAGCGCCAGGGACUUCACCUACUCACACAGCAACUCCAUUGGUGGGAAGAGCAGCGGCAGCUACGCCAACACGGCAGUGCGUCGCCAGCGCGGCAAUGAGGGAAUCACCCGAAUGCGGUUGAGCCACGACUCAGCAAUGCUCGCGGUCUGCGGCACGGAUAAUAUUAUUGACUUUGUUGAUGUGCGUUUUCUGUCAAAUGAGCGUGAGUUGGAUCAGUUGCGCUCGCAGGCGGAGAAGGGGCACUUGGCGGUGCUCAGAGAGGUGGAAAGGGAGCGGGAAAAGGAGGAAGCGUUGGAGGCAAGCGAAACGGACACCGACGACGAUGGCGACGACUCUGAGUGUGGCCAGCAUGUGAAGAGCGCGAGGGAAACUAAGCGACGACGCGAGGAGGAUGAAGGCAGCGAGGAUGGCGAUGAGGAACGCGACAGUGGCGGGGAGGAGGCGAAGGAGCCCAAGACGGAGCGUCAGAAAAAGCGGGAGCGUGUCGCCGCCGCCAAGUGGCUUAAGGCGGAGAAGCGGAAGAAGGUAAAUUUCGCUUUUGAGAAGCGAAGGCGGCGCGUGCAUGGCUUCUUUGGGGACUUGAACUCCUGA